UAUCUUCCUGGCGGGAAAAACAUGAAAACAAACACGACUUGUCAGCGACAGAAUUAGCGUUAAUGGAUCAUUAUAUUUACCUAACAAUGUCGCAUUGAGUGCCUGUGUUGCAUCUCUCUUCUUCUCCUCACCCUGUCAGUGUUUUAGUUAUCUUUCUGCGAGCAGCACGAUGGUUCAAAUAAUUAUAAAUUCAAGUGUGGAUGGUCUUGGUCCUGCUGAGUGGUUGCUGGUUGAACUCCAGGGGGAGAUGGUGUCCAGGCAGAACUCUGGACUGGCUGGGAACCUGAUGGGAGAUCUGCUCUACACCAAAGAGGGUGUACCUGUGCUAAUUGUGGGACACCACAUCCUCUAUGGUAAGGUGGUCAAACUGGAGAAGCCCUUUGCUGUCCUGAUGAAACACUCUGGCCUCCCGCAGGGGGAGGAGGUUCCCAUGGAAACCAACCAGCAGAACCCUACCACCUACUCUGUUUCCGCCCUCAUCAAGAAGAAGCUCAUCUUCAAGACUCGCCCAAAGCCCAUCAUCACUAAUGUGCCCAAGAAAGUGUAGUGAAGUGCUUGGUCGUAUGCAUUAGGGCUCACUGUCGCAAAACACUUUUAACUGAAAAAAUUUGACAAGUUCAGGUAGUCCCUGUUUCAGUCUGUUUUCUUCCAUUUUGUGCCUAAUGACCUUGACCCUGGUCACCUCUGUGGGAGCAAAGGACAUGCUGCACUCUUAAUGACUCCAGGCCAACAAGUAUGGAGCACACAGUGCAAGACUAUACUUGGGACACACUCCUCUGGCUUGAGGUUAUGGGUCAUCUGGAACUAGCCUGUGUGCAUAUUUGUUUUGAUAUGUCAGUGGUUACAUUGCUGGAAUGUUCUGUAUGAUGUGGUGUAUUAUUCAAAUAAAUUGUUGCACUUAUCAGAUGUGACAGGAUUUA